GUGAUAAGUGGACGUUUGGAGGUGAAUGUGGACGGUCAAUGGGGUACAAUCUGUAACCGAAGUUGGACAGCCGAUCUGGCACGUUUGGCGUGCAAUCAAUUGGGACUUAUAAUGGAUGAUGAAUUCUUUGAAAAUUGGCGAAUAUUUCCAUCAGCGGGCGAUCUACCGAUGGUCAUGGACAAUAUACGAUGUGAGGAACGAGAAUACGACUUGACCAAAUGUCGUCACGAUGGAGUGACGCAUGGCAUUGCGUUGUCGUGUCCUCCUUCUGAUGUCGUCGGAAUUCGAUGCGCAGAACCACGAUGGGCUGGUGUUCGUUAUUCACUUCUCGCUAAUCCACCAGCAAUUACCGGUCAAACUUCAAUGGGUCAUUGGAUCAUUGAAAAAGCCGGACUGUUCGAUUUUCGAAGCAGUGAAUUCAGUGCAGCACUGCAGAUCGACUGGAACUAUCAUAGUUUUCAAUAUUUGACGAUACGUGAUAACUAUUGGAAUGGCAUUGAUGUUGUUUACAACGACUUGACCAAAAAGCCAGCGAUCAGGAACAGUCGUUUCGAGGCGAAUCGACGGCACGGUUUCAGAAUGCGCUCACCUGGAAUGACCAUAGAAGAAGUUAUUGUGAGCGGAAAUGGAAAUGCCGGAUUCCGGUAUGAUCCGCGUGUUUCGGUGCCACUGCAACGUGAUAUUGUCACCUGGCUGGUGAGACGUGAUCAGCAAGAAAUGGAAGCCAAUAAUGUCUAUGUGAUUCCGAAUCGAAGCAUCACCGAGCUGGUUGUCCAUGAAUCGCAGCUCAGUCAACGCAAAUUCCUUCUGGCACGCCCAACCACUGACUGUCCACUUGGUUGGUGCUGA